CCACCGGCACGCGUUGGCCCCGGCGACAUCAAAUAUCUACCCUCCUGCCCCUCCGUCUUCUUUUCCUCCAUCUCUCCUCCUCAGCUCCUGUCUGCAGGACUUCUUUUGUGACGACUUUCCCUUUCCAUCCAAUCUCAAAAUCUGCCAACCUUCUUUACUACCCUAAUAUUAUAUCCAUAUACCCUUUGUUCUAGUUUGUUUCUCGUUCCUCAACCUCACUGCCAAAAUGUUUGUCUACAAGAGAGAUGGACGCAAAGAACGCGUGCAGUUCGACAAGAUCACGGCUCGUGUGUCAAGGCUCUGUUACGGUCUUGACCCUGAGCAUGUCGACGCCGCUGCUAUCACCCAAAAGGUCAUCUCUGGUGUCUACCAGGGUGUCACCACCGUUGAGCUGGACAACCUGGCUGCCGAGACUGCUGCAUACAUGACCGUCACACACCCGGAUUAUGCCAUCCUCGCCGCUCGUAUCGCCGUUUCCAACCUCCACAAGCAGACCAAGAAGCAAUUCUCGCUGGCAAUCUCAGAUCUCUACCACUAUGUCAACCCGAAGAACAACAAUCCUGCACCAAUGAUUUCCAAACAAACAUAUGAAAUAGUCAUGAAACAUGCCGACGAGCUGAACUCGGCGAUUGUCUACGACCGUGAUUUCAACUACAACUUCUUCGGCUUCAAGACCCUGGAGCGGUCAUACCUGUUGCGCAUCAACGGCAAGGUGGCGGAGCGUCCCCAGCACCUGCUGAUGCGUGUUGCCGUUGGUAUCCACGGCACCGACAUUGAGAAGGCCAUCGAGACCUACCACUUGAUGUCCCAGAAGUACUUCACUCACGCCUCCCCGACCCUGUUCAAUGCGGGUACACCCCAGCCUCAGCUCGCCUCCUGCUUCCUUGUCGACAUGAAAGAGGACAGCAUCGACGGUAUUUACGACACUCUGAAGACGUGCGCCAUGAUCUCUAAGACAGCCGGUGGCAUUGGCCUGAACGUUCACCGCAUCCGCUCCACCGGAUCUUACAUUGGCGGUACCAACGGUACCUCCAACGGUCUUGUCCCGAUGCUCCGGGUCUUCAACAACACUGCCCGUUACGUUGACCAGGGUGGCAACAAGCGUCCCGGUGCUUUUGCCAUCUACCUUGAGCCCUGGCACUCGGAUGUUUUCGAGUUCCUGGAUCUCCGUAAGAACCACGGUAAGGAGGAGGUUCGCGCCCGUGAUCUGUUCUACGCUCUGUGGACCCCGGAUCUGUUCAUGAAGCGGGUUGAGGCCAACGGUGACUGGACUCUGUUCUGCCCUAACGAGGCCCCUGGCUUGGCCGAUGUCUACGGAGACGAAUUCGACGCUCUCUACGAGAAGUACGAGAAGGAAGGCCGUGGUCGUCGCACCAUCAAGGCCCAGAAGCUGUGGUACGCUAUCCUGGAGGCCCAGACCGAGACUGGAAACCCCUUUAUGCUGUACAAGGAUGCCUGCAACAAGAAGAGCAACCAGAAGAACCUGGGAACCAUCCGCAGCUCCAACCUUUGCACUGAGAUUGUGGAGUACACUGCUCCGGAUGAGGUUGCAGUUUGCAACCUGGCGUCUCUGGCCCUGCCUACCUUUGUCGAUGCUGUCCGCGGCGAGUACGACUUUGGCAAGCUCCAUGAGGUUGUGCAGGUCUUGGUCCGCAACCUGAACAAGAUCAUCGACAUUAACUACUACCCCGUCCCGGAGGCCAAGAAGAGCAACUUCCGCCACCGUCCCAUCGCCCUCGGUGUCAACGGUCUGGCCGAUGCCUUCCUCGCUCUGCGCCUGCCCUUUGACUCUGCCGAGGCUCGUCAGCUGAACAUCCAGAUCUUCGAGACCAUCUACCACGCUGGUUUGACCGCCUCGUCCGACCUUGCUAAGGAGUUCGGACCCUACGAGACGUACGAGGGCUCUCCUGUCUCUCAGGGUAUCCUCCAGUACGACAUGUGGGAGCGUACUCCUACCGACCUGUGGGACUGGGACGCCCUCAAGGCUAAGAUUGCGCAGACCGGUGUCCGCAACAGUUUGUUGGUGGCCCCCAUGCCCACUGCCAGCACCAGUCAGAUCUUGGGCUUCAACGAGUGCUUUGAGCCCUACACUUCGAACAUCUACUCCCGUCGUGUGUUGGCGGGUGAGUUCCAGGUGGUCAACCCCUGGCUGCUGAAGGACCUGGUCGACCUCGGCCUGUGGUCCGACAACAUGAAGAACCGCAUCAUCGCGGAGGGUGGUUCCGUGCAGAACAUCCCCAACGUGCCGGCGGACAUCAAGGCGCUGUACAAGACGGUGUGGGAGAUCUCGCAGCGGACGAUCCUGCAGAUGGCCGCUGACCGUGGUGCGUUCAUCGACCAGUCGCAGUCCCUCAACAUCCACCUGAAGGAGCCCACUAUGGGCAAGAUCACCAGCAUGCACUUUGCCGGGUGGAAGAUGGGUCUGAAGACGGGUAUGUACUACCUGCGGACGAUGGCUGCUUCUGCCCCGAUCCAGUUCACGGUCGACCAGGAGCAGCUGAAGGUGGAAGACACCAACGUGGCCCGUGCGAACGCCUCUUUCAAGAAGCGGGCGGUCGGUGCGGCCUCGACCACGUACUCUGCCGUUCCCCGCGGGGAGGCCCAGGUCAACGGACACAGCGAGAACAGCAUUAACGGGGGUGAGAGCAGCCCCUUGGCACUUGCAGAGUCGGAGGGACCCGAGGAGGACAGCCAAGAGGCCGCCGAUCGGGAAAACGACAUUUACUCGCAGCAGGUGCUCCAGUGCAGCAUUGAAAACAAGGAGGCGUGUGUGAUGUGCCAGGGUUAAAGCAUGGAUGGAAAGGCGUUGGGUGUAAUAUAUCACGAUGGUAUGGUUAUGGGAUAUGAUGUAGUUAUUUUAUACAUAUGAAUUGUUCAUUUAUGGUA